CCGAGCCGGAGCCGCCCGCCUGAAGGGAGUUGGAGCCAUCGCUGCCGCCUGAGAGACCCACCCCACCCGUUCGCCCGCUCCCCCUACCCCAUUCACAAUGCAGCCUGCUUCCGCUAAGUGGUACGACCGGAGGGACUAUGUCUUUAUUGAAUUUUGUGUUGAAGACAGUAAAGAUGUUAAUGUAAAUUUUGAAAAGUCCAAACUUACUUUCAGUUGUCUUGGAGGAAGUGAUAAUUUUAAACAUUUAAAUGAAAUUGACCUUUUUCAGAUUAUAGAUCCAAAUGACUCCAAGCAUAAAAGAACAGACAGAUCGAUCUUAUGUUGUUUACGGAAAGGAGAGUCGGGACAGUCAUGGCCAAGGUUAACAAAAGAAAGGGCAAAGCUCAAUUGGCUUAGUGUGGACUUCAAUAAUUGGAAAGAUUGGGAAGAUGAUUCUGAUGAAGACAUGUCCAAUUUUGAUCGCUUCUCUGAGAUGAUGAACAACAUGGGAGGUGAUGAAGAUGUAGAUUUACCAGAAGUAGAUGGAGCAGAUGAUGAUUCACCAGACAGUGAUGAUGAAAGUUGGUCACUCAAGAUGCAUAGACUAACCCACCCAACUCCUAAGCCAGGACCAACUGAAGGCAUCAGCACAGAACUAUGCAUAUAUGUUGUAAGUACUCGCUAAAGACUUGUCAAAUAUUUACUCUCACAAAGUUUAGAUAAUUUCCAAGGUUUUUAAAGAGUAUCUUGAAAACAUUUAUGGUUACUUCCAAAUUAGACUAGGGAUUUGAAGGGGAAAGGUGUGGAGAACUCUUGGGUGGUUAAGCUUUAAAUGCUAAUUAGCUGUUGUACAAUUUUGAAAUCUGAGCAAUUUGAUGAGACUAAAAUCUGAGUUCAUCUCUGAUGUACUGACCCUGUGGACUUAACAAAGACUUUCUCCUGAAAAUGGCUCAUAAAGGCAUGAAAAAUGACAUCAUCCUUGCUUCUGAGAAGUCUAGUCUACUAGUGGGAGUACAAUUUAUACAGAGAUUAGUAUUUGGUAGGGAUAAAGAAGAAACCUGAACACACUGGGAAAAUUGGAGGAAGGAAAGAACACUUUAUUGGAAAGAUUAAUAAGAGUUCCCCAGAAGAAACAAUCUAAGUUGAGCGUAAGGAUCUUGAUAGUGCUCCUAAGAGGGAGUUACUGCAUUUCAACCAUAAAGUAUAUAUACGGAGAUACUUACUUUGGAUAGAGACUGAGACGAUAUAUGCAUAGAAGUACAAAACAAAAGAGUUAUAAGGUGAUUAGCACUAGUAGCUAGGGUGAGCAGGAAAGAUCUCACCUGAAAGGUGUUUAAAACUGAAUCUUAAAGGAAACCAGUGAUUUUACAAGAAGCAUCAAAGAGAUGGCCUUCCAGGCAAGACAAAAUCACAAAAACCAGGAACAGAUAGUGUAAAAAGUGGACAAGUAUGACUGGACCACAGGUGGAGUAGAGGAAAGAAAGGUGUAAUAAGUUGGAAAGGCCAAAUGGCAAUGAACUUUAAAUGCCAAAGAAGUUUAUAUUUGAACCUCUAAAGGAAGCUACUGGUGUUUACUGAAAUGGGGAGUGACGAGAUCAGACCUACAUUGAAAGAAAAUCACUUUGACAGAGACAUAGAAGAUGAUUGGAAUGGGAAAAGACUUGAGGUGGGGAGACUAGGCUUGUAUACCUUGAGAAAGGUGAUGAGAACCUGAAUUAGUACUAUAUGAGUGGAGAAAUUGUGGUAUAUAGGAAAUGUGGAGGCAAAAAUAGUAUUUGGCUCCUAAUUGGAUUUGUGGGGAGAAUGAGUUGAGAUUAACACCUGGCUUGUAAACCAGGGUGACUAGAAUGAUGGUACCCUUUAGAAUAACAGCAAUUGCUGAGAGCUUGGAUGCCAAGGGCAUCUUGCACCAUUGCCACUUUUGUCUUGCCACUGAACUUCAGUGAGUGACUGUGAGAGAGGUUUAUGACUUUGUGCAAUUCUGCCUCAUUUAAAUCUAAUUCACAAAGGAGUCGAGACAUUAUGAUAUCAUUGAUCCUCUUCAAAAACAAAAGACAAACAAACGCUAGGGAAAUUCAGAAUGGGUAUGGGUUUGGAAGAAAAUGUGUGGAGUUUUUUGGACAAACUGAGUUUGAGAUGGCUCUAGAACAUCUAAGUAAAGUCCUUUGGGCAGUUGGAGCUUAAAAGAGAAGUGUUUACCUGAGAAUCAUCUGCAUAGAGACAAUAAAUGAACCCAUGGAAGCUAAUGAAAUCAAGUAAAAAAAAAAAAAAAAAAGUGGUUCUAGGGAUGUAUGGAGGUACAUCCAGAUAGGUAGUAUAACAUGAAUGAUGAUCCAGAAAACAUCUGUCAAAAACCAUUAGUUACUAGUUACAUGCUAGACUCUGUGCUAAGUGCUGGGAAUGCAAAGAAAAGGCCAAAAAACUAGUCCACUCCUAAGAUGUUCAUAGUUUCAUGGGGAAAAAAAAAAUUUUUAAGGACUAGCCAGACAGGAGAAUGGAUCCUAUAAAACCCUGGAGAAAAGAAAAGAGCUGACCUCAACAUUUGACUGAAACUCUCUCCCAAAUUACCAAUGAUUGAUUUGCCAAAUCCAGCGAACUUUUCUCGGUCAUUUUUUUUUUUUUACCCUAUUGAUUACUCAUUGAUAUUUUGAGCAUUUUGGAUGCCUCCUACCUAUCAGACCACUCCUCAAGUUUCCUUUGCUGAUCCUUAUCUAGUCUCACCCACUAAUGGGUGUGCCACCAGAUUUAGUCUUGGAACCUUUCCUCCCUCUAUUCUACUGCCUUUCCUUAUCAGCUUCCAAAAUGGAAUUAUCAUUGCUAGGCCUCUGAAUCUCCUGUUUGUUUAAGUUUGAUUCUCCAUAACAUUAUUUGGGGGUUUUGCCAUUUCCUUCAAUCCAUUUUACAGAUGAGGAAACUGAGGCAAACAAGAUUAAGUGAUUUGCCCAAGGUCGUACAACUAGUAAAGUAAAUCUAUUUACUAUAACUCAACUUUCUGCUUAACCUCUAGUCUCAUUGUCUUGAAUUGCCUUUCGAACAUCUCAAAUUAGAAGAUGUCCAAUAGACCUCAUAAUCUUGUUCAAAACUUGUACUCGUUAUUUCUCUCUGAGAUCUCCCCACUUUCAAACUUUCCUAUUACUGUCAAGGGCACCAGGCUCAAAACCUAGAUGUCAUCCUUGAUUCCUAAUUAUCUUUCAUUUCCUAAAUUCAAUCUGUUGCUAAGAUCUGCCCUUUUGCCACAUCACUCCAAUACACCCCUUCUUCAAGAGUCCAUCUCUCAUUUAGCCACCAACGUGAUUUUUCCUAAAGCAAAGUUCUAACCAUGUCACCCCCAUAGUCAAUAAACUCCACCAGUUCCCAAUCCCAUACAAAAUCAAAUACAAAAUCCUAUUUGACUUCAAAGUCCUUUUAAACCUAUUCUCUCCUCACCUUUUCAGCUCUUAUUCCUUAUACCCCCACCAUUGAUGAGUGACGUUGAUCUCUUUGAGGUUCCAAAAGCCAGCCCUCCAUCUCAGCUCUUGAGUAUUUUCUCUGGCUGUAUCCCAUGCUGUCCCAGCUAAAAUGUCACCACUUACACCUUUCUGACCACCCUUUGAGUGCUUUCCCUGGAUGAGUUCUUUAUAAGUCUUUUUGGCAAGAGGAUGUUUGGCAUUCAAACCAUGUGAUAGAGUUGAAAUGCUUGAUGUUUUCAGCCAUGUUCAAAUGCCUUCAAUGAGGGCAAACGGGAUCGAAAUCAGCUACUGCAAUGAUGGUAACUUUUUCCACUUGAAAAGGCUACGAGUCAAAACUAAAGUAGAGAGAGCAGAGGGGGGAGGGAGGAGGAGGGAGAGGGGGGUGAUUUUUUGCUUACAGAUGAUUGUGCUUCCAGUCUCCAAAACUGAGAUGCAACAAAAUAAGGAUCAAUUUUCUGCUGCUUGUGCUCAUGUUUUUGUUUAUUUUUAAUAGCUUUUUUUCCAAAAUACAUGCAAAAAAACCUGAUUCUUUUUGUACAGCAAAACAACUGUAUGGACAUGUAUACAUAUAUUGUAUUUAACAUACUUUAACAUAUUUAACAUGUAUUGGUCAAUCUGCCAUCUGGGGAGAAGGAGGGGAAAAAUUGGAACAAAAGGUUUUGCAAUUGUCAAUGCUGAAAAAUCACCCAUGCAUAUAUCUUGUAAUAAAAAAAGAAAGAAAAAAAAUACAUGCAAAAUUGGCUUUUAACAUUCACCUGCAAAACCUCGUAUUCCAAAUUUUACUCCCUUUCUCGUCCCCUCCUCCCUCCCCUAGACAGCAAGUAAUUCAAUAUACGUUAAACAUGAGCAGUUUUUCUAAACAUGUUUUCACAUUUAUUAUUAUGUGCUUGUGCUAAUUUUAGUCUAACAAUUAACACCAAGAAAACACAGGUCCUCCAUCAGCCAGCACCACAUCCAUAUAUGGUCUAUACUAAAGUACUAGUUGGGGAUAGGGAGGUGGGGAAAGGACAUGAGGAGCAAUUUAGAGGGGGAAAUAUGAAUAUACUUUCAUAAAUGUUGAGGUAUUAAUAGGAUAUCUUGGAGAUACACAAGAGAUAACAGCAAAAGCAGGGCUGGAAUUGGGAGAGAGAAGAGAGAAAAAAAGCAAAAAGGAAACAAGCAGGAAAGACUUUGAAAGUUUCAUGUUUAAUAAUAUACUUAAUAUGAAAACAUAAGCCUCUGAUAAACAAGUAAAAGCUGUUAAAUGGAUAAAUUAAUCAAAAGAGGGUAGGUUUUUGGUGUCAUAAUUUUUUCCUUCAUGGUGUUGGAAUUUGCUGAAAUGUUUAAAAUCUGUACUACAAAACUUAAUGCUUCAAUAAAAGAUGCUUAACUUUAAAAUAUAUACUUAAAAGGAAGGCAUGUUAUGAAAAUAUAA